AAGUAAACUUAAUUUUCUCAAAUAAGUUUUGUGGAAAGUUGAUAAAAAAAAAUGUAUAUUAUUUUUUAAAAUUUCAGAGCUUCGUUAUGUCCUCGUAUAAUGCGAUAAUAAAUUUUUUAUGUUUAACAUAUUUUUAAAUUUAUUUCAUUAUACGUAUUUCGUCAUAAAGUGAAAUUUUAUAAAAUGCCAUCAAGGGCAAAGUGCAUAAACAUAAUGCCAUUCCAAGAUACUCAAUACAACUGGACAGAUGAUUUACCUGUUUGUAAACAAUCUGGCGUAGGAUUUUCUACAAAUCAAAUUUAUCGUGAAGAUGGAUAUCGCCAAGAGGAACAUCCAUUUGAAGAUCGUAGCUUUCAUUGUAAAUAUGAUGAUACUACUUUCCUCUAUGGUGUAUUCGAUGGUCAUGAAGGGACAAAAGCUGCUAAUUUUGCUAUGCAACGAAUGGCAGCAGAGAUUUUACUUGGACAAUUAGCUGGCAAAUCUACAGAUGAGGAAGUAAAGGAAGUUCUUAGACAAGCAUUUAUAUCAGUAGAACGUGGAUAUUUGGAUUCAAUAGGUGAUUUAUUAGCCGAACGUACUAGUUUACAAUUUGAUAUUCCUGAUGGAUUGAAUUCUUAUGAAACUUAUCAAAAAUUUCCUCAUUUGGUCGACAAGUUAAAUUCAUUAAAUUGUGAAUUAUCAGCUGGAACAAGUGCUGUAGUUGCACUUGUAUAUGGUGGAAGAUUAUAUGUUGCAAAUGUUGGAGAUAGCAGAGCUUUAUUGUGUAAAACAGAUGAUAAUCAAGUAUUAAGAGUUAUUCAGUUAAGCGUCGAUCAUGAUUUACGUAACGAAGAUGAACUUCUACGAUUAUCUCAUCUAGGUUUAGAUACAGAUUCUAUUAGACAAGGUGCGUUCAUUAUAAAUACAGGAGGUUCUCACCUUGGAAAUCAAGAAAAUACACGUUGUCUUGGAAAUUAUCUUGUUAAAGGUGGAUAUAGAGAAUUUGAAGAAUUAGGAUCUGCCAAAGCAGAACCUAUUAUAGCAGAACCAGAAAUUCAUGGUGGAAUAGAGUUAGAUGAUUCCUGUAGAUUUUUAUUAUUAAUGUCUCGUGGUCUUUAUAAAUCAUUGGAAGAAGCAACAGGGACUGAUCAAGUAAAUAAAGAAUUGGCUCUUAUGGCUGUUGAACAGUUUCGCAUUCAAUCAACAUUGACGGGUGUUGCUCAAGCUGUAGUUGAUAAGAUUGUAAGAAUUCAUCAUGACGUUAAUAUGAGUAACUCGCAAAGUACUUUAACUACCGGAAAACGAGAUGACAUUACACUUCUUGUACGAAAUUUUAAUUUUCCUCUACCACAUGCUUUAAAGAGUCCAACGGGUCAAGCGGUCAGAUUUAAUCCAAUAGUUCAAACUGCACCGAUAAGUACAUUAACGGAUAACGACGAUUGUUCAAAUACAAGUUCCGUUGUUAUGGAAACAAAUUUUGAUAUAUCAACGAGUGAAACAUCAACUGCAUCCGAUGUAACUUCGUCUAGUGGAAGGCCAACAGAUAGAAAUGCAAGAAUAAAGUCUUACGUUAAUUUUUCGGAAUAUUUUGAAAAUGUAGAAAAAAGAAGAAAAGAGGGAACUUUGCCAGAAGGAAUAAAUUUUUAGUAUUAUAAUAAAUAAACUCGAAUACAAUUAUCUUAUAUAUAUAUAUAUAUUACUAAUAAUAGCUUUGUAUAUUGCUUGCCGUAUAUUUUUUUUUUCUGUGUUCAUUUUAUUUUAUUUUAAUUUUUUUCUCUUUCCUUUUUUUCUUUAUAAAAUGUACCAUAAAUGAAAUACAGGAAUUUUCGUAUAAGUAUCGCUAA